AUGUCCGUCCAGGCAACAGACAAAGAUCCCGAGGGCGCCUCAGCGCACCUCUGCGGCACCCAUACUGAGAUGGCGACAGACGAAGCAUCCAAAGAUGUCUCAGCAGGGCCCCUCGACCCCGAGGCGGAGAAGAAGCUUCUCUGGAAGUGCGACGUCAACGUCCUACCGUGUAUCGCGCUGCUCUACUUCCUCGCGUUCAUGGACCGCACGAACAUCGGCAAUGCGAAAAUCCAGGGCAUGACGAAGGACCUCGACAUGAGCGGCACCGACUACAGCGUCGCGCUCUUCGUGUUCUUCAUCCCCUACGUCUUGUUCGAGGUGCCGUCUAACAUCCUCAUCAAGCACAUCGCCCCGUCGACUUGGCUGAGCGCCAACAUGGCUCUCUGGGGUAUUGCGACCAUCGGCCAGGGUCUAGUCACUAACUUGCAGGGUCUGAUAGCCUGUCGAUUCCUACUUGGUCUCUUCGAGGCUGGCUUUGUCCCAGACGAGCUCCAGUGGCGGGUCUCCCUGUUCUUCUGCUCCGCCGUCAUAGCCGGCGCAUUCUCCGGCCUCCUCGCCUUCGCGAUCGCCAACCUCGACGGCUACCGUGGCUACAGCGCUUGGCGAUGGAUAUUCAUCAUCGAGGGCAUCAUUACGUUCGGCGUUGCCGUCAUCUCCAAGUGGUGGAUAGCCGACUGGCCCGAGAAGGCCAAGUUCCUCACCGACGACGAGCGGAGGCUGCUUGUCGCACGUCUGGCCCAGGAUACUGGUGAUGCGAACAUGGAUACCUUCAACAAAUCUGCCAAGAAGAGGAUCUUCUCCGAUUGGAUGAUCUAUGCCGGCACUUGCGCCUAUUUCGGCGUGGUGGUGACAGGAUAUGCGGGCUCCUUCUUCAUCCCGACCAUUCUCAACCAAAUGGGCUACGUAGCAGCCCAAGCCCAAGUCCGCACCAUACCCAUCUACAUCGUCGCAACGAUAUUGUGCCUCUGCACAGCGGCCCUGACCGACCGACUCCGCCACCGCUACGCAUUCACGCUCUUCGGCAUCAUUCUCGCGACCAUCGGCUACGUCCUCCUGCUCUGCCAGCAGCACGUCUCUGUAGGCGUUAAGUACUUCGCGCUCUUCCUCGUCGUCGGCGGUGGCUACACCACGCAGCCCGUCACGCUGGCCUGGCUCGCCAACAACGUGAGCGGGCACUACAAGCGGUCCGUCGCGUCGGCCGUGCAGGUCGGGUUCGGCAAUAUCGGCGGCAUCGUCGCGUCCAACGUCUUCUUCGAUGCCGAGGCGCCGCUGUACUGGACGGGCUACGGCGUAAGCCUCGGCUUGUUAUGGGUGUGUGCUGCGGCAUGCACGGUGCUGUUCCUGGGGGUCAUGAGGGAGAAUGCGAAGAGGGAGCGUGGUGAGAGAGAUUGGCGGCUGCGGGAACCUGACGCGGAUAACCUCGGUGAUGAUCAUCCGGCCUGGCGUUUCACCACGUAG